UCGGCGACGGGCGAGGGGCGGCAGACGGUGACCAUCCGCGUGGCGACGUUCAACGCGGCGCUGUUCUCCAUGGCCCCCGCCGUGGCCGCCGCACCCGAGGCUGGAGCUGGAGCGGAGCACGGCAAGAGCGGCACCGGCACGGGCUCGGGAGUGCGGCCGCGGCCCAAGGGGAUCCUGAAGGCGCAGGCGAGCCUGCUGUCGCGGGCGCCGAGCAAGGCGCGCGUGUCCAUCAACCUGCAGGACAACGAGAUCUCGCUGGACAGGAGCGGGCGGCUGGGCGGCAGCCCGCGGGCCCGGAAGCCGCAGAGCCGGCUGACGCAGGUGGUCACGGGCGGGCUGGACGCGAGCCGGCGGCGGAGCGUGGAGGAGGUGCUGCGGGAGACGGGGGCGGACAUCAUCGGGCUGCAGAACGUGCGCGCCGAGGAGGAGCGCGGGAUGCGGCCGCUGUCGGAGCUGGCGGGCGCGCUGGGCAUGCGGUACGUGUUCGCGGAGAGCUGGGCGCCCGAGUACGGCAACGCCGUGCUCUCCCGCUGGCCCAUCAAGCGCUGGAAGGCGCUCCGCGUCGCCGACCAGUCCGACUUCAGGAACGUGCUGAGGGCCACGAUCGAGGUGCCCAAGGCCGGGGAGGUGAACUUCCACUGCACGCACCUGGACCACCUCGACGAGAGCUGGCGGAUGAAGCAGCUGAACGCCAUGCUCCGCUCGGUCGACGGCCCCCACAUCCUCGCCGGCGGCCUCAACGCCCUCGACGGCACCGACUACUCCGCCGACAGAUGGGCCGACAUCGUCAAGUACUACGAGGAGAUCGGCAAGCCGACGCCCAAGGUGGAGGUGAUGAAGUACCUCAAGGGGAGGCAGUACGUGGACGCCAAGGACUUCGCCGGAGAGUGCGAGGCCGUGGUGGUCGUGGCCAAAGGCCAAGACGUGCAAGGGACGUGCAAGUACGGCACGAGGGUGGACUACAUACUGGCGUCGCCGAGCUCCCCCUACAAGUUCGUGCCGGGGUCCUACACGGUCGUCUCCUCCAAAGGGACCUCCGACCACCACAUCGUCAGGGUCGACGUCGCGAUAGUGCCGGACACCAGGGAGAACGCCGACGAGCAGGCAGCCGGGGGGCGGAAGCAGAGGGUGGUGAAGAUGAGCAAGAAGGGGUCGAGGAAAGGGAUAUGGGCGGCUAAAUGAUGACACUCUGUGUGAUUCCUGGGAGUCCUUCUCUAGUGAAGUACAGUACAUUCUUUUUCGUUCUUUCUUUUUUUAAAUCUGUUUUGGCGUUGUUGGUAGAGGUGAUGUUGGUUGCUUUCAAUUGUGUAUACGGCUAGUGGUUGAAGUGGGACUGAAGAAUUUGAUGUA